CGUCCGUUCUAAUGAGGUGAACACUAUCAAUUGUGCUUGCCGAGCCCAUUGCCUGAACUCUAUUCCUAAGCGACUGUUGACAAAGUGUCAGAGCUUGUCGGGAUAAUUGUUCUCUCUCAGAAUCACGUUUUAAUAGGUAAUUAAAGAAAAAUGGCUAUUUGUACCGUGUUUAAAAUUAUAAUUAUGCUGCAUCUACUUUGUUUUGCUAUGAGUAGAAAGAACACAAGAAAAAUAGUAAUAGAUACGGAUCCUGGAGGAGAUGAUGCUCUAGCACUAAUGCUGGCUCUCAAAUAUGAGGAUGUUGAUAUUCAAGGCAUAACUGUCACAUAUGGUAAUACGAAUUUAGAAAAUGUAAAAAGAAACUUAUUAAAAAUUUUAACAAUCGCUGAAAGAACAAUCCCUGUAUAUGUUGGAAGCUGCAAACCAUUAAUAAACGAUUAUAAACCUGAUUAUUAUUUUGGCUGUGAUGGAUUUGGAGAUUUUAAUUUUACUGAAAAUAUAACUGCAAAAAUCGAUACAUCAAAACCUGCUGCUGUAUUUCUUGUAGAUUUAGUAAAACAAAAUCCAGGUAAAAUAACUGUAAUCACUCUUGGACCUCUAACAACGAUUGCUACAGCAAUUGCGUUGGAACCCAAGUUCCUGCAUUUAACAAAGCAACAUAUUAUAAUGGGAGGAAGUCUUGAUAGCAAUAAGAUUGAAUUUAAUUUUAAGCAAGAUCCAGAAAGUAAUUGGAUUGCGUUAAACAACACCGAUAAACCUAGUAUUAUAGUUCCGAUAGAUACAGUACAGUCUCAUGCUUUUUCAAAAGAUGAGCGUAAAAACCUUUUCAAUGGUUUGAAUAAAUCUAUCGCAAAUUUUUUGCACAAUGCUGAAAGAAAGGCCUUGGAACAAUCAGAUAUGUGGCAGCCAGCAGACAGUAUCGCCGUGGCAAUUGCUUUGCAUCCAAAAAUAAUAAUGCGAUCUUUUGACACUAACUUAAUUCCAGUACUUACUGGAGAUGCAAGAGGUUCACUUGUAACAGAUUCUAAUAGCCAGAUACAUAAUGCAAGAGUUAUAGAAUACUUUGAUAAAGCAAGAUUUAAACGUUUACUAUUAAAAUAUCUUUCUAAAUGAUUCAAAUUGAAGGAUUAUUAUGAAUAAAUCAUUAAUUUUCUAUUAGUAUAUCAAAUAUAUAUCAUGCAAUUAUAAAGAAUACUUA